AUGAACCAGGGAUGCAAGGCCCCGUCGUGCAAAAAGAAAAAAAAACUGACGAUCGAGGGCAGUCUCGCUACGAGGACGAGAUUAGGAGAACCCACGCCCCAGCCGCCAUCGCCGCCGCCGAUCCCUUCGCCGUCGCCGAUCUAUUCGCUACGUCGACGGAAACCACGCCCUAGCCGCCAUCGCAGAUCCCUUUGCUGCCGCCGAGGUCCUGGAGGAGCCGCCGCCACCUUCAUUGUGGACCUCCAGGUCGCCGUCGGGACACCGCGGCAGAGGUUCGCCACGGCCGCCGUCGAGUUCCGAGAGGGGCAUGACCCCAGGGAGAUCUUCGUCGGGGUUGCCGCCGCCGCCGACGUCGCCUGCCGAAGAGAGGAAAGGUACGGUGCCGUCGAUCCGUCCUGCCUGUGGAUUCACUGGAUGCGUCUUGGUGGAGUGAGCGCUCGUGGGCUAAACCUCUCGUCCUCUGGCGACGAACAUCGCCUCCCGCUAGGGUAUGCGGGCGACAAUCGUUACUCAGCGCCAGCAGGUCGCUGCCCCGUCCUCCAAUUGACAAUGGUAGCAUGCUUAUGCCUUGGGGCAUGGUGUCGCGGGUAGAGUGUGUGCUGCCAUGGCUGAACGAAGCAGCAGUCGGCUGUGCACACUGUCUGACUACUAUUGAUGUUGGUGUUUCAUGUAGGCUUGCCUUCAAAUAUCACGGCAAGGUAUGUGAUUUCUUAUACUGUAACAGACUGUACAAGUUCACUCUCAUAUACAAGGACCAUGAAAUUGGAUUGUGGCAUUAUUUCAACUAUUUUAUGAAGUCCACUGAUUUUUUGAUGA